AUGACAAAACGACACUGGUGCCGGCGCUGCGAUAGAGGAUUCGUCGACCUUGCCGCCAUAUCUCAACACCAACAGAAUUCGGGCCGGCACAACAUUUGCAACAAAUGCUAUUACGAUGCGGAGGACUGGGAGGCACUCUUGAAUCACUAUCGGCGUCGGAGAUGCUACGAAGUAUGCGAUGCCUGCAACAUCGCCAUCAUCCCCGGACAGAUGCGGCAGCAUCUGAAGGACGAGUUUGCCUGCUUCACAUGUAAGAAGCAUUGCGGGAACGAGCACAACCUCGAGCAGCACAAAAUCGUUCACGCGUCUGCCGACCACGAAUGUUGGGCCUGUCCCCGGCAAUUUCGAAGUCUGCCAGCAAUGAUACUACAUCUAGAGGAAGGAAAUUGCGAAUCCGGUCUCAGUCACCUAGACCUCAACGAGUCUACAGCGAUGAGUCGACAGUGGCCACUGAUCAUCGUACACGAGUGGCGUGAUAUUCUUCUUGCGCGACAGGACUUGAGCCAAUAUCGAGGAAUGGCCUUCGUUUGCCCAGGUUGCGAGUUGACGUUCCGAAAACUCAGCGCCUUCUUUCAGCACGUUGCAAGUACAUCCAAGUACGGCUGUGAUGAAUACCUCGACUCGAACGCCACCCGGAAGCUCACGGUGUUCCUCAAGAAUCGCCAUUACUCGACGUUAACGUGAGGAAUUGGGUACAUCCAGACAGUUCGAGGUUCAGAGACGGAGGGGAGAAGUCGAAAGUUUUGAUCGAGCGAGCUUCAUGCUGUGUAGACCGUUGUGUCUAUCAGUCACAUGUACGAACAUGUAGGUUGGAGUGGUGACCAAGGGAUCAGACUGAGCUUUGGCGUGGAUGAGUUGAUGAACAAAGUCGUUGAUGACGACGUCUGAGAGAUUCUACUGAGUUUGUCGAUUGCUCACAAUUGGAGACUCACGAUUUCUCGAAAUGGGUUGAUACAUUUCAUGGUGUACUAGAGCUUAUGAAGGCCCGAGUUCCACUCCCU